AUGGGUAGCACAGUCAUUAUCAAAUGUGAGUUGGAGGGUGAAAGGCCAAGAUUUCAGAGGAUUUACAUUUGCUUGGCUGCAGUUAAACAAGGGUUUUUGCAGGGAUGUAGGCCAGUUAUAGGAUUUGAUGCUUGUCAUAUAAAGGGUCAUCACCCUGGACAAUUUUUAUCUGUUGUUGGUGUGAAUUCUAACAAUGAGGACCUUGGAAUCGAAAACAGCAGCGGAUAUAUCUUUAUCCUAGACAAGAAAAAAGGCUUGAUUGAUGCAGUACAUGAUUAUUUUCCAAAUGCUGAGCACAGACACUGCCUCAAACGCUUAUAUGCAAAUUUUUUGUUUGCUAGUCACAGAGUAUUGAUGUUGAAAUUGCAAAUCGAGAAAAUCGCAAGGAGCACAAUCGUCCCAUGGUGGGAUGCUGAGAUGAAAAAUAUGAGACAGCUGAGCCAAGCUGCAUUUGAUUAG